GGGUUAUAACUGCCACGACCGAAGCCAAAAAUGCGUCAAAAAGUCCAUGUUUCAUUGUUUUAGUCAUUUUCGUAGUGUAAGAAGCUCCCUAAAAAUGUCGGCUUAUGUAGCUGAAUAGUGUAAAAAACGAUCAACAAUUUCUAGUUUACUAAAAGAUGAAUUUACUCUUUAUUUGUGUUUUAUUGUUGGUGGAUUUCACUUUCAGUUUUGGGAGCAAUGUGCAAUGCAACUCCAUAGUUAAACUCUAUGAGUAUGAUUCCGCCUUGAAAAACUAGUAUCCAGGACCGUAAAAAAAAACAAAAUAUUCUUAUUCUUCUCAUUCACUUCACUUCUCAGAUUUCUCCGUUUUCUCUAUUCUCAAAAAUAUCCAUGUCCGACGAUCAGCCAUCAUCUGCCAAAACAGAAAAAUCGAAGAAAAAUAGUUUCCGUCGACAAUUUGGAUAACAUACAUUUAAAAUAAAAUAUCCGAUCGUUUUAAAAAGUAUUUCAAUAUUCCAUUUGGUGUCAGACAAACUAUAUAAUUACGUUUCCUAAUACUUUUCUAUUUUACGUAGUAACAGUGAGUUGAAAUGGAAAAUAACUCUUGUAGUGAAGAUGAAACUAAGGAUUCCCCUGCGAGUCCUAAAUUAAGUAGUAAAAAGUUGAAACUAAACGAUGGUAGCUCACAGGACAGUAUUAAAGAGAUGGCAUCUGAUAGCAAAGAGGAGAAAGAUGAAAAUGUCGACAGCGGCGUGUCGGCCGACAAAUCUGAAAGCACUAGUAGCGACGAUCGUGCAAGUGCCCCCGUUUGUUUACAAAAUAAUCCUGUAGAUGAAGUAAACAAUGAAAUUGUCAACGUCGCACCGUCCAGUAGCAACGUGCGGGCGAUCUUGUUAAACAUAAGACAUCCAAGGAGGUCGAGAUUUUACAGAAAACGCAAUAAUGACGACAGAAGGUCAAGUGAUUCUGAUGGCGAGUCGUCAAGGGAUUCCGACGAUUUAUCUUUUGAAGAAACGACAGAAAUCAGACCUAACGAUUCUGCAGAUGUGGAUUCAGUUACGGAUUUCUCAAAUGGGUCCCCUAGUUCAAGCAACAGUAGCAGCACCGGCAGUUCAUCCUCCACCACAUCGUCAGACAACAGCAACGAUUCCUACGAUAGUGCUGAUGUGAUUCACAUGCGGGCAAGCGGAGCCACAGACAGUGAUGAGACUCCGUGGUACAGCAGACAGAACAACGAUGAUGAGAACCAGGACAAACAGCCACCGGUGCUGUCAAAGAUGCAGCCUCGACAUAAAUAUCAAAUUCUUAGAGAGGUAAUAAAUCGUGAGAUGGGUUUGACAUUUCCUUGCGGCAAAACGAUACAGAAUGACUUGAUGUUUGAGCGCAAGUUCUACGCGUCACUGCACGCUGUCUACAGAAUGGACAAAUUGCACUCCCUCGUCAAGCACAGGGGCUGUGUCAACUCUAUUAAUUUUCACCCAGAAGGUCGACUGCUGGCGUCCGGAUCAGAUGAUACAAACGUUAUUAUAUGGGACUGGGCCAAAAGGGCAGCUCUGCAAACUAUCAAAACUGGCCACAAGUCUAACGUCUUUCAGAGCAAGUUCCUCUACCUCAAUGCUCAGAGCCAACUCAAUAUUGUCACAUGCGCGAGGGAUGGCCAGGUUCGAUUACUGCAAAGCCCGACCAGCGGCGGCACGCCCACGCGGCGCCGUCUCGCGUCUCACAAGCGCGCGGCGCACAAGCUGCACGUGUCGGCGGCAGACCCGCACGUGGUGGUGUCCGCGGGCGAGGACGGGCUGGUCAUCGUGUCCGACGUGAGGGUAGAGCACACUGUCAAGAACUUCCACUUGUGCUCGUUCCCGCUGUACAGCAUGGCGGGCCACCCGCUGGACAAGCACAAGCUGCUGCUGGCGGGGCAGGACAAGUUCGUGCAUGUGUACGACACGCGCAACUCCACGCUGCCCGUCGCCACCUACUGCCCCGGACACUUCCACGACAUGCCGGCCAAAGGACUGCGCCGCAAGUCAAUGAUGCACCUGACGUGUGCGGUGUACAACCACGACGGCACCGAGAUACUGGGCUCCUACAACGACGAGGACAUCUACCUGUUUGACGUCAACAAGGAUGUUUAUAACAAAGAUUCGAGUGAAGUCAAAGAUGGUUACACGCACCGGUAUAGUGGGCACCGUAACAUUGCUACGUUUAAGGGUGUGGCGUUCUUCGGCCCCAAGAGCGAGUACAUCGUGUCUGGCUCGGACUGCUCCUACAUCUAUGUGUGGGAGAAGGAGAGCGAGGCGAUCGUGCAGUGGAUGGAGGGCGACCUAAACGGCGUGAACUGCAUAGAGACGCACCCGCGGUUCCCCGUCAUGGCGACCAGCGGACUCGACAAGGACGUCAAGAUAUGGAUACCAAAGAAGGAAAAAGAUCCCGAUUACAAAGGAAUGGACAAGGUGGUGCGCGAGAACAGCUUCUCCCCCCGCAGCCCGCUGUUCAACGACUUCCUGCCCUCGCUGUACAGCGCCUGGCGCCACGACCCGCGCACCAACCCUGACCACGACUCCAUCCCGCCCUACGGGGGCAACAUCGAGUUCGACGGCAACGUCUGCACCGCCGUCUAGACAUCGCCAAGGGAGGGGGAGAGGGGCAGCUGCCCCCCUGAAAUAUAAUAAUGAGUACCUAUCUCAUACUCCAUAAUAUUAUCAACAAGCACACUGCAUGAAGCGCGUCGCUUAGGGAGGGGGAGAGGGGCAGCUGCCCCCCUGAAAUAUAAUAAUGAGUACCUAUCUCAUACUCCAUAAUAUUAUCAACAAGCUCAUUGCAUGAAGCGCGUCGCCAAAGGAGGGGGAAAAGGGCAGCUGGCCUUUUGAGUAUAAAAAUGAGAAGCGCGUGCCAAGGAAGGGAGGAGAGGGGUAGUUGCCCCCUUAGAAAAAUAAAAACGAGUAUCUUUCUUAUCCAUAAUAUCAGUUCUAGUUUUACACAAGCAGAUUUAUUACAGUUAUUCAUCCUUUUUUUUACAACAUUUGUCAGGACAACUUAAUUAACAAAUCAAACUGUAACCAAAAUAAGAACCUAGAAUGGCAGAGAAUGACCUUGAGUGAAGUCACGCACUUGUGACCGUUGUGUGUAGGGUUAAAGGAUUCAUUCACUGUUAACAAAUACUCCCCUUUUCCACUCAAGUCUCUCCCCGCCUAUCCCAAGUGACCCAUAAAGAAUUACACGGCUUCCGAGCCGUCCACAUCUCUUGUUGUGCGCUACGAGCACACUGAAGCCGACCAUACGACGGGCGCCUGAUAUCGCAAAUCGUUCCUAAUAUAUCUAAUAUUUUAUAUUAAAAAGAACUCUGCAACCAACUGUCAUACUACAAAGACACGCCGCCAAGGCUUGCCGCCUGGACCCCCCCCCCCCCCCCCUCCUUUCAUUGUUGUAUUUGUUUUGUCUAUAGUGUACAUUAUAAUGUUAUUCAAUAUAUUAAUACUAUGUAAUUCAAUAUAUGUAUGUUACGUGUGUUUGUUUAAACGCGCUGAUCUCUGGAAUAACCAGUCUGAUUGUAAAAAUUCUUCUGAACUAAUUUUAUAAGUAGGUAUUAAAGUACUGGACCGAUUUUAUAGAAAAAUCUUUCACCAAUCAAUCGUUUAAUUUUAUGUUAACUUAGAAAGUAUAGCUAUAAUCGCCUUUAAUUUUAAUUAAAGUAAUUCUUAAAUUGAGGGUAAAUUUUAAUUGUAAAAAAAACUUUUUAUCUAUACUACAAUAUUAAAAAGUUGGUGAAGUUGUAUCGGGUAAUCUCUGAAUCCAAUAUAUUUGAUUUUGAAAAUUGUUUUACAGUAGUCUAUUUGGAUAUUUAAUUUAAUUUUAAAUGAUUUUAGUUUUAUAUUAUUUGAUCAUUAAAGCGAGAGCUUGUCAGAGCCAGACCUUUGUGAUUUUAUAAAAAGUUACAGUUUGAAGUCUUUGCUCCUAUCAUGCAUUGUAUGGUAGAAAACUAUGGCGUUUAUUCUAUGGUGGCUUUGGGAGUUGAGUUAUCAUGCCUUCAGACACCUUGGGAAAACAACUUCAAUAAUAGGCUAGUUGACACUUUAAAAGAUCUUAAAUUAUUCAUUAUCGUUCUAUUAGAUUGUAAAAAAUAUAUUGUAUUUUUGGAGACUUAAAUACAUGAUGGUUUAUAAUAUUUACACAAUAUUGGAUUUAAGUAACGUGACUAUUUUUUUCGUAUUCCUGACAGCAAAGCCUUUCAUUUGAUAUCCAUAUCAGGGGGGGUGGAUUUCAAACAACCAUUCCGCCAUCUUUGGGAGGCCGCCAUAUUGGAUUUGUAAUGAUGUUUCUUAGCUGGUCAUGUAUUGUCAUCAAAACUCAGAGCGUGUGCAAAAUGUCAUCCUAAUCGAAGACCGGGAAGUGAGUCAAAUUGAGAUUCCAAGAUUUUCUUACAUACAUAGUUACAAAUGAUGCUAAUAUAAGCGUGUUAAAAUACGCUUCAUACAUUCGCUUCCCAAAGCCGCCAUGAUAUAAACUUCGAAUUAGCUUAUCAUACUUGAUUAUAGGACUCAGACGAAUUAUAUAGAGAACUGCCACGCUAGACGUUAUCCUCUGUCAAAGUAUCAACGAUCUAACGCGUUUAUAGAAAUAGUUUCUAUAUAUUCAAUGUUUCAUUGUUCUAAUCGUUUUCGUGGUGUAAAGAGCUAAAUAAAAAUGCUGAUUUGUGCAGUUAAAUGGCAUAAAAAACGGUCACCAACUUCUAGUUUACUAAAAUAUAAAGUAAAGUUUCAUUUGUAAGUAUAUAUUUCUAAAAUUAGUAAUGAAAACAAUAUCUAAUAAAAAGAAUCUAUUCUUCAGCCGGAACAGCAAAACAUCGAAUAUUCUGGUUAACGAGUCUUAGCGAUGUGUUUGUUAGUUUGUGUAAAAAUUACACGUGUAUGUAUUGCGAAUCAAAUUUAUAGUUGUGUGUAGUGUACGGAUACAAAAUAUAUUUAUUGGUGUUGAAUAUUUUCGAUGUGUGAGUUUAACGUUCCCCCUCAAAAAACGACAGACAUUUUUGUUGGUGAAUUUGGGCAAGAUGCAGGUCCAUAGGUAUUUGGUCUGAGGAGACGGAACAUAAGCAUUAUUAGUCUGUCAAGUUCGUUGAUGACACUCCCAUGAUUGCGGGCGACGGGGGGAAAGACUACGCGGGUGUGAAAUCGUGCGUGCGUUUCAUUCAUCUCUACACGCCCCCCGGCUCGCGCGGACCAUCGGGAGUGUUACGAACGAAGUUGCCAAGCUAUAAACUAUGGUCUAUGUUGUAUACCAACCAUAUGUUGUAAGCAUAGCCUUAGGCUUGGGGGAAUUCACUUUUUAGUUUGGAAUAAUAAUAGUAGUAAGUUUGUUUUAUGAGGAAAUAUCUUUUCAGUUUCCGCGGUGAACGUGGACAUGGAAGAUUUUAUGCCUGUGAUAUGUUUAUUUUUGAAAAUGUUUUAAAAUUAUAUAAGCCAUUCUGUAUGCUCAUAGUCCGUCAAUAGUUUGUAGGUUAGUAGGUAACUGACAGUGCCUGUUUAGUUGUACAUAAACCCUGUAAACUUUUAAAGUAUCUAAUAGAGAAUUUUCUAUAAAUUCUGGGUUAAUUGUCGUUUGCGUAGAAUAUCAAAAUAAAUUUUAUCCUAUUCUUAUAAAUUAUUCCCUGUUCUUAAAGAACUUCCGAGAAGUAUUAUAGUCGGAUGCAAUUUUUAUGACGUCUCCGAAAUAAUGUACAGGUCAUAAAGUACGCUUUUUCAGGUGUGUGUGUGUAGUGUUGCCCUGCCGCCGCGCUUUUGCGUAACCGGUGAUACCUAUAAUCGUGUAUUGUGCAGCUUAUCGUACGAUGUUCGCGAAACUUCAUAAAGAUUGCAUCCGAUUGUACGUCACAUUUUACGACAUAAGAUAACAAGAAUCAAAAAAUUCAAAAUUCAUUUAUUUCAAGUAGGCUCAAUCUUAACUGAGAGUACUGCUACUUUAUUCCUGUAAGGGGCACCCCCAGGGGGUCAUGCACCCGCUGAGUGUCAAUUUCUUAAACGAAAAGAGGUUAAAUUUAACACUGAGCGGCUGAAUGGUCCCCUGGGGGUGCCCCUACAACGUCUAUGAAUUCCACUGUUAGAUGCGUCCCACAACACAUCUCGACGAGACAAUGACAAAUGCGGCGACCAAUAACGGGGAAAUUAAAAACAUCAUUCUCUUUAGUCCCAUCUAACGAAAGACAGAGUGAUAUUAUCGAUUCGCCCGGUAUUGGUCGGCAUUUACCUUUCUAUCAUCUCAAGAUAUGUGAUGUGUAUCACCUAAUGUUGUACUGUAUGAAAAUGAACCCGCUGCUUUAAGAUGAUUUAGUAAUUUUAUCCAAUAUUUAUGUACAACAGAAUUGGCACUGUUGUUUAGUGUAGAUAACUGUUUAAUUAAUAUUUAAGCCACAUUUACAUUGCGAAAUAAGUGAUGUUAUUGAAUACAAUAGUAUUUGUGUUUUAAACAAUGGUUUUAAUAAGAUGUAUAAGUAUAAUGCAAAAAUAUUGAAUAGUUAAAUAUAAAAUUAUAGUAUGUUAUGGUAAACUUUGUGUAAUUUCUACAAGGACUGUAUUUGCAAUGCAACUUGAGUCGAAUUUAUUCACUAUAGUUCGUUUCAUGUAGGAUGAUGCGAGUGACAGUUCAUUUCACUCUAGAAAGCUUGCCGCGAUUCUCGAUAAGUACAUAUUAUGAACGGCGACUGUCACCGUACCAAUGCUAUCUGAAAAACACUAAUAAACUCAAAGGAGCCUAAUAAUACACUUAACAGUAUAAAAAGAAAAUAUUUCACUGCACAAUAUCUUCUAUAGUAAAACAAGAUAUAGUCAAAAGGGUUCUUUCAUUACCUGAAAGUGACCGAGGUAGCGAAUAGAAAAUACUGGCGUGACGCGUAAUGGACACUAACAUCUUGGAGAUUUAAGUAGGAAGAGAUGUCUCUUUUAAAACUUUGUUUAACCACGUAAAAUGCACUAAAUGUUUUGUAAUGUAAACUUGGCUUAAAUCAUAAUGGAAGGGAAAUCAGUCUGGUAUGACAAUACAAAAAAGGGUAUCAUCACAGUCGGCCAUAUUUGCGAGACCCAUUCUUCUUUAGUGUGACAUUACAUAUAUAAAUACUUAAGUUUACAUUUUUCAUUAAUAAUAAUAAUAUAAUUAUUAAGAUUAUUCAAUAGUGUUCAGAUAUUCGAUUUAAUAUAAAAAUAUUUAAAUUAAUAUAAAAGUGCUGUUUUUAACUAGGUGUAAAUAAAUUAUGUUUUGUCACACUAGGUGGGUAGUUAUAAAAUCACAGAAACUGUGUGUGUGUCAUAAUUUUGGAUGGCCUCUGUCCUCUUCUGGAUUUCUAUGUUAGCUUUUGAUUGCAUUGUCCCUUAACGUCGGACUAAAUAAAAGGAGAAAAUACAAAAAUUGUAACAUAUACUCCGCGCCACGAAACAAGUCCCAUAGACGCGGCGCCAAUGGGGAUGAUGACUAGGUUUGAAUAUAUUGAUUUUUAUGAUACAUUCGGGUAAAUAGGGUCAAUGUUAACUAAUUUAUACAUAAAAAGCAAAGAUUGUCUGGAUAUUUGCAAAAUAAAUGAGAUUAUAAAAUUUCAAAAACUACUAAAAUUUUUUUAUCGUUAUUAGAUGAAAAUUCAUACAGUUUUAGCUUCCUUACAUUAAAUGUGACAUUUUUUAAUACAUGAACUAUAAAGAUAAACGCACAAAUAACAAAGAUAUUAGUAAUUUUGUUUGAACGCCCAUACAAAUCUAACGAUCAUUACAUUGCCUAUGACGUCAUUUUUUCGAGCCAUUUUGUAUGGGGCGUUUUUCAGGGAUCCGCGGCAGCGCCGCAAAUCUGACACUUUAAAUCCCUGUAGCUCCGAAAGUAAUGAUCGCAGAUACCCUGUUCCUUUUACAAAAUUGCUUUACUAUUAGUAUACUCUUAAUUUAUAUACAAUUUAAAAAACUGUCAUCAUCCCUAUUGUCAUAAUGUAUUGUGGUAAUGGCGGUCUUAUUGUCAUUUGUGUAAGGCGCUGUCAAAUUUAGUUCAGGUUUUAGCCGCAGGACUUCUUUUGUGGCGCGGAGUCUACCUACUUUUCGGGAUUAUUGACUAUGUCACGUUGACAAAUAUUUCCCUUCUGUUAUGCUAACCACAAUAUGACUACUUUUAAGUAGCUUACUCUUUAGAUGUUACUGUAGUUGCGUUUACGUACAAUAACAGCGGCAUCUGAAAAGUAUAUUUGUGGCUAAUUUUAAGCAUAGACCUAAAGAGAUUAAACAUAUUUAUAAGAAAUGGAACUUCUUUGAAUAAUUUAUUGAAAGUAUAUUAUUUGAGUAUGGCGAGAAAGCAAUUUACAUAACCCAAACCAACUUUUAAUUACAUUAAACUGAGCAUAUGAAAGCAGACCAAAGAAGUUUCAAUUGUUUUGCAUGUAGGUUCACACUAUGUAUGCAAGUAAAUAUAUUCAGUUGUUACUAGUACCUUUAAUAAGGCUAGCUAUUUUCCUAUAGUUAAUAGCAAAAGAAAGUUAAUUUCAUGUAUCCCAAUUUCCCAUACUAUUGUGAGAAGGGUUAUAAUUGUAUAAAUAAAUUUAAUUAUUAUUAUUAUUAUAAAUAGUAAAAUGAUUUAAUAAAAGUAAA